CUAAUUGUCGUUGAUAAGUUGCUGAAGUCAAGACCAGAAUUAUCGAAGACUGUUGAAGCAACCAAAGAGACCGGUGGAGAAACGACGUGGCCAAAGGCGAACGAGGAAUCCGAUGAUGAAGAGCAUUAUAAGGAUGCUGACGCAGAUGAAUCAGAUGAAAACACUGAGGCAGAUGCAGAGAAAAUGGAUCAGGAAAAAAGUGAGUCGUCAUGGCACCACGCAAAGAAUCUGGCGAAAAUGAAAUUGCUGAAAAAGUCACUCAAAUUGUUCCAAGCAAAUACAAUCCUUAUCAACGAACCCCUGCAUUCGCCGGAGCUGAAUUUGUUCUGAAAACGGAGCUACUGAAACUUGCCGACUACUUCCAUCCAUCGUUGAAAGUCUUUGCUAAGAAUCUUAUCGAUGAAAAGCCAAUUAGUUUCUACGGCGAUCCACUCCGAGACUUUUGUCUCACUCAAUUCCUCGACCGGUUCGCAUUUCGUAAUCCGAAGAAACCGUCUGAAGACGUUAAAUCGCAAUCAAUGGUUCAUCUUGUGCAUAAUAAAAAUUACACAGCCAGCGGCGGUCGUGGCUUACCAGUGAAAGAACUGACGACAUCAAAUUGCAGCGAAGAUGAGAAGUUCAUUCUGGAAUAUUUACAACAGAAACGAGAAAAACGGGCUGCAUUCGCAACUGACGCUGAAGAUGAUGAUGUGGAUUCGGUGAACGACGACGAGUUUGAUGCGUAUUUAGAUGGACUCGGUGGAAAAGAUGAUGACUUGGAUUUCAUGAAUGAUUUGGGUAACGAAUUAAAAGACGACGCAGAGAAUAAGAAAGACAAGAAAAAGAAGCAAAAAGUUGACGAGGAUAAAGAGGAGGAAAAUGAUGGUGACUGGGAUGAUGAGGAUGUCGAUGAUGCGGGUGACGGAGCAAGCGAUAUCGAGAAUGAUGGCACUAUUGAUGAAGAGAACGAUUCCGAUGACGAUGGUUCAAUAUCAUUGGCUGACGAUAGCGACGACGAUGCAUCCGUUUUCGAUGGUGACGAAGACGAUGAUGAAAACAUUUUCGAAGAAUCAGAUCCGGAAGAUGAACCCAAGUCCAAAAAGCUGAAAGGAAUGAGUGGCAAGGACUUCCAGAAAACAUUGAAAAAUACCGACAAUAUGAACUCACUUUUCGCUGCUGCCGAAGAUUUUGCUGAAUGUUGGAGGACACGGGCAAAUCGAAAACGCAUGGUACGCUAGGAGAUAUCUUCAAUAAAGAUAAAUCGUCGGAGAAACAGCUCAACUGGGAGCAGAAACGAUUCAAGUCAAACAAUUAUUCAUCCAAAAAGCAAACCAAUCGGACAUUUGGUGGAAAUAAGAAGAAAUUUGGAA